AAAAUCAAAAACUGACCAAAACCACCCCAAUUAUACUUUUCUCUUUCUAUCUCUAGAAUUGGAGUAGAAUUUUCUCUUCUUCUUCUUGAUUUCCUCGAAUAGUUUUUGGUCUUUUCAAGACACUUGCCCCUUUUUGCCUUCUCUGCUAAGCUUUUCUUUUAUUUUUGCUACUAUUCGGAUCUCAUCUUCUCCUCUGUAAAUUUGUUGUGUAGAAGCAAAAUUUAUAGUUUGUUGAAAUGGCGGGCCGUUAUGAUCGAAACCCUUUUGAUGAAGAAGAAGAAGUUAAUCCUUUUGCUGAUGGUGGAGGCAGAGGGAAAUCUUCAGGGCAAUCAAAAUUUAGCGGAGGUGCAUUUAAUAUCACAUCUGGGAGUGUGCCUUCAGCAACAAAUUCCAGACUGUCACCCCUUCCUCCAGAACCAGCUGAUUUCUAUGACCGCAAUGCAUCAAUUGAUAUUCCUCUUGAUAGUUCUGCGGACUUGAAAAAGAAAGAAAAAGAAUUACAGGCAAAGGAGAGUGAAUUACGGCGGAGGGAACAGGAACUAAAAAAAAGAGAAGAUGCUGCAGCAAGAGCUGGCAUUGUUAUCGAGAAGAAAAAUUGGCCUCCGUUCUUCCCAAUUAUCCAUCAUGAUAUUGGAAAUGAAAUACCAAUUCAUCUGCAAAAGCUACAAUAUGUUGCAUUUACAACAUUCUUGGGACUUAUUGCAUGCCUUGUGUGGAACAUUGUAGCUACCACUACAGCAUGGAUUAAAGAAGGAGAUGUAAAGAUCUGGUUCCUUUCUAUCAUUUACUUCAUAUCGGGAGUUCCUGGAGCCUAUUUCCUGUGGUAUCGUCCUCUGUAUCGUGCCUUUAGAACUGAGGGUGCCAUGAAGUUUGCGUGGUUUUUCUUGUUUUACAUGGUUCACAUUAUAUUCUGUAUCUUUGCUGCUGUUGCUCCUCCAGUAGUCUUCCGAGGAAAAUCCCUUACAGGCAUCCUGCCUGCAGUGGAUCUCAUUGGCAAAAAUGUACUUGUUGGGAUUUUCUACUUCAUCGGUUUCGGGCUAUUUUGUCUCGAAUCAGUGCUGAGCAUUUGGGUUAUCCAGCAAGUAUACAUGUAUUUCCGAGGAAGUGGUAAAGCUGCACAGAUGAAACAAGAAGCUGCUAGAGGGGCCUUGAGAGCAGCAAUAUAAUAAAGGGAUGAUUUUGGGGAAGAAUGAUUUGCGUGCCUCUGCUAUAGGAUAUAACAGAUAUAGAAAUUGGCGACUUCAGUUGGACAGAUAUGCUUGGUUUCGUUCAUAUGUUUUGGUUAACCUCUGAUCUGAUAUGCUUGUUUUAAUAUGUUUUAGUACUUUAGUUAGGCAAACAUGGUUGUUUCAUGUGUGUUUGUAGUGAUCAUUCUUGUGAUGUAUGUUUAUUUACUACUACUUUGGUCGAAGUGUUGUCAGGAAAAAGAUAGAAUACAUACCCCUUGUAUUUUUGGACACAAUCUUUGCAUGUGUUAAUUCUAUUUUUAUUUUUGGCGUUCGCA